CGCGAAAUACGUGUAUACAUACCACUUACUGGCGUGUAUGCGAUUGCGUACUCGCGUGAUGUCGCGUGCGUCAGCUCAGAAGUAAACGGACGGUUACAGUACAGUUUAAAUUGUGGUUCCAGUUCCAGCUUGCUUAAGCUUAGCCUUUAUUCAGAUUAAUUUGUGGGAAAAUGGAUGUGCCGAAUUUCCACUGCCUUUUUUCAUUUUUUGAAGAGGACUCGUUUGCUGUAGGGGACCUCAAGUGGGUAAACCUGAGUGGUUGUGGAGUGUCUAGAGACAAAUUGAACCCAAAACAUUGGAAAAAAGAUACCGUGAUAACGGUGAGAUGGCCUGACAAAAAGGGCCAGUAUCAGCUCUACCCUGCGAAAAUUCUUAAAAUGUCAGCUGAUAAGCACAGUCUGAUCAAAUUAAGAGAUCAGCUUAUAAAGGGCUAUGAAAGCGAAGAGGACUGUGGUCGUGGAAAAAGGAAGAGAAAAGCUCUUUGCAUCUCUUCUGAUGAUGAAGAGCCUGCGGAGAAGGACAUAAUUAAGAAAAAGCCUGAAAAGAGGCCUAGUCUCUUAUCAAAACUGCUGGAAAAGCGCAAGGAGCAGUUAAUUGGCAGUACAGCUGUACAGGAAUGCACAAAUUGCUGUGCCUUGAAAGAAAAAAUAAAGCAGCUGGAAGAAGACAACAGAAGAGUAGUUCUUCACUUGGACACCAUAAAUGAGUUGAAGAGCAUGGUGUGUGCGCUGAAAGGGGACUUAGAAGAAAGAAGUGCCCCUUCAAAGCAUCAAAAACCAGCCAUAUUUGCACAUCCACACUCAUCGCAAGACAACCAGGUGGAACCCCUUGAGGAUGAUGUGACCAUUGCUGAUGGCGUUACAGUUAACAAAAUACAGCUUAUGCGAUGCAACCAUCAGAGACCUUCAAAACUUGUGUGUGAUCUGCUUGGGGUGAUGUUCACAAUGGAGGAGCUGUCAACACACUCCUUAACUGGAUUAAAGGGAGGUGCAUCAGAGAGUGUGAAACCUUCCUUGAAUAAGAAGCAUGUCAAUGCCAUUUUUGAUCUCACCAAAUUCUGGAUGAGGAGUAAAGGAAGGAUGUUGGAUACAAUUUCUGACUUUUCUAUAAAUCUAUUUUAAAAUACAUUGUUUUAUUAGUUAUCUCUUUAGUGCAUUAAAUGUUAUUACUUUGGACCCCAGUAAAAGAAAUUUGUUAAAUGUGUUCAAUCAGAUGGGAAAAGGUAAUAAUAAUACAACUGCCAAAUCUUUUACUGUAUGUCCUUAUAGGUUUAUUAGUCAAUUUGGGUUCAUUUUCUGCCUUUUGAUUUUAUUGCUUUGUAUCUGACAAAUUAUAUGAAUCAGAAAUCAUUAAAUAACGUGACAAGACUAAAAUACAGUAAGAAUACACUUCCAAAUAAAAAAAUAAAACAAAAAUUUUCUGGACCAAAAUUAAAAAAAAGUGUCAGUUAAGUUUUCAAUCACAUUUUCAUCUUCAAACUGUCUUUUCAACUUGUGGCUGCUUGUUCAAAUAUAAAUUCUAACUAUUGCCUUAAAAUAACAUUAAUGAAUAUAUAUGGUACAUAAUGAAUUGUUUUGUUUUUUAAAACCUUUUUUCCAGCCAACUAUACCCCCAUGAAAAAAAAAAAGGACCUGAAGAUGUGUUCUAGUUCAAAUGCAUUUGUGAUAAGUAAAUUUGUACAAAAAAAUAAAUAAAUACUUUUGUCAAACUAGUUUUAGUUUUACUUCCCAAAUAAAAUAUGGAUGAACAUCUAUAUAUGAAGUAUUUGACUAUGAUCCCAUGUCACACUUGAUCUGCACUAAGCCAAAUCGCAAUGUUGAUAUGCUUUUCUUCGGAAGUCACGUUUAAUCUCGUCUCACUGAAAAUGUUACUACAUUCGACAGGUGUGGAAAAAUGGCUUGAGAAAAACGAGUUCUUGUGGUUGGAGAUUUCUUUGUUACCCACCAUUUUCUUCCGUGUGUAAUGCAUCUCACAUUCACAGAACUUUGUUUUGGAAGCAGACUCAGGAAAGGAAGA